AUUUUUAGGCGUAAACCUGGGGAAUUUUCUUGCAUUUCCUCUCCGGUGGCCUUUUCCUGUCAUUUGUGAAGAACGCUUCUUAUUCCGUGGCUGCAUCCUAGCAGGGUCUCGAGAGGACGCGACGCACGGUCUUUAAUCAUCACAAAGCCUUCGCUCUGUGUUAUAGUCAAGGGCUCUUUACAACCAACCGCGAGCCCAAACACAAACGUUUAGGGAAUGGCCCAUAAGCGUCCGAAACAGCACAGGUGAAAGCACACCAUGCUUUCAAGUUUCUCGGGGUUCCCUUACCCACAUUUCUACUUUCUUUUUUUUGGCUGCGCCCUGGGCAUGCGAGAUCUUAGUUCGCGGACCAGGGAUCGAACGUGCGCCCCCUGCAGUGGAAGCGGGGAGUCUUAACCACUGGACCGCCAGAGAAGUCCCUACGUUUCUAUUUUCAACAGAGUGAUUUAUUUGCUUAUAGGGGACAUGGGUUCGAUCCCUGGUCCGGGAAAAUCCCACAUGCGGCAGAGCAACUAAGCCCAUGCACCACAACUACUGAAGCCCGUGUGCCUAGAGCCCACGCUCUGCAACAAGAGAAGCCACCUCAGUGAGAAGCUCGCGCACCGCAAAGAAGAGUAGCUCCCACUCGCCGCAACUAGAGAAAGCCUACACGCAGCAACGAAGAACCAACGCAGCCAAAAAUAAAAAUAAAUAAAGUAAAUAAAUUUAUAAAAAGACAGAAAGAAAGAAAGGGAAAGAAAGAAAGGAAACCUCUGGUCCUGUGCUGUGUGCACCAGGGGGAGCACCUGAAACCCGAAUUCCUGAAGGUGAACCCCCUGGGGAAGGUGCCUGCCCUCAGGGAUGGGGACUUUCUGGUGGCCGAGAGCCCAGUCUCUCCUGCCCCACUUCUCCGGGCAGCCUGUGGAUGCCGUGCAGCUGGAGCAGCUGUUGGGGAAGCUGAUGUCUGCUCUGCAGCACCUGGAUCAGGAGGUCCUGGCGGCCAGGCCCUUCCUGGCCACUGAGCAGGUCUCCCUGGCGGAUCUGAUGGCAUUCACAGAGCUGAUGCAGCAGGGGCCCAGCAUGGGCCUGGAGCUCUACCUGGACCUGCUGUCCGCGUCGUGCCGCGCUGUCUACAUCUUCGCCAGGAAGAACAGCAUCCCUUUCGACUUCCAGUUUGUGGAUCUGCUGAGAGGUCACCACCACAGCAAGGAGUACAUCGAGAUCAACCCCCUGAGGAAGCUGCCCAGUCUCAAGGAUGGAACAUUUGUCUUAUCCGAAAGCGUGGCCAUCCUUUUCUACCUGUGCCGCAAGUACAGUGCACCCUCGCACUGGUACCCGCCAGACCUGCACACGCGCGCCCGCGUGGAUGAGUUCAUGGCCUGGCAGCACACAGCCAUUCAGCUGCCCAUGAACAAGAUACUCUGGAUCAAGCUGCUGAUCCCGAUGAUCGCGGGUGAGGAAGUUCCAGCUGAGAAGACAGAGCAGGUGCUGGCAGAGGUGAAGAACAACUUGAAGCUCUUCGAGGAAAAGUUUCUGCAGGAGAAGAUGUUCAUCACUGGGGACAACAUCUCCCUGGCCGACUUGGUAGCCCUGGUGGAGAUGAUGCAGGAGCUGGAGGGUCAGCGUGGGACAAGGAGAAGAACACACUGUUUCUUGCCCAUGGCGGGCAACCAUAACGUCUUCCUCAACAGCUCCAAGCUGGCCGAGUGGCGCAUGAGGGUGGAGCUGGCCAUCGGCUCCGGCCUCUUCUGGGAGGCCCACGACCGGCUGGUGAAGUUGGUGGAGUGGGACUGCUCCACGCUGGACCCGAUGGUCAAGGAGAGGAUCUGCGAUUUGCUGCAGAAGUUCAAGUAGAAGCAGCCCAGCCUGCGGGCCUGGCCGGCUCAGCCCCUGGCGCCUCCUACCUUAGGGAAGACGCUGAAAAUCACUGUUUGCCUAAUAAAGAACUGGAACAACCACCACGGUUGCUGAGCCUGGGACGCACGUCUGAUGUGGUGGGUCUGGGGGGCGGUCACGAGUCCCCCCAGCUUGCAAAAAGAAUUUGAAAAUUAAAGGUUAAACAUGAUUAAACUGUCAAUAAUAA